GCUGCAGAGCCACCGCUUCGCUGGUUCAGUCGCAGGCUUCCCCCACCCGCGUCCGCGCCUCUCCUGCCGGGACCCGUCAGCGCUCACCUCGGCCGUGCAGCGGAGCAGUAGUAUGCGAGCACCGUGCGGAGCGUGGGAGCACCGUGUGAAGUGAGUUUUCUUGAAUCAUCUAUAUGGGCCAUCUUCUCUCGAAAAAUGGUUACCGUCUGAAGAAGAGGACACGCAAGUUGCAUCACAGAAAAAAGAAGAAGAGGAACUGCUUCCUGCAGGGGCCUUGCAUGCUGUGCUUCAUCGUCCACAGCAACAGCAGCAGUCUCGACGACGACAGCAACCAAUUGGAGGUCGGUGUCAACGGCAGCGGCUGCCAUCUCAACAGUGUCACCGGAAUCAGUGUCCCUGGUGUGGGUGGAGUUGGCAUCGGAGCAGUAGCUGCCUCGAAGCUUGCCGAGCGAUACGCAACACUCGCAUCUCCUGAGGACUGCUCCAAGUUUCUGUUGUCGCCAAGGGAGCUAUCUAUCUGGGAGGGCCAAGGCAGGAGCCUCCUAUCAGCUGUCCCUGCAAAACUGAUUCCACCACCGGCGCUGUUUCGAACCGCUGGGGUGACUGUGACCGUACCCAUACCUGUGCCUGGCUGCACCAGCGACUACACUGAGAUGGUGUGUAAGAGGAAGUGCUCAGAGGUGCAGAGGUGCACCCCCUGUAAGCAGCCGCGCUGUGCCUUCGCUGCCCCUGACGGAGGGCUGGAGAAUGGAGGAGUGGGGGGAGGCGGAGGAGAGACCUCCUCAAACUCUGAAACUGGCCACUGCCACCUUCCCCUCUGUCCACUUCCCUCCUCCUCCUCCUCCUCCUCUUCCUCUGCCUCCUCCUCUUCCUCCUCACCUGCUGAUGGCUGCUGUGGGUUAGGACUUCGUGCUGAUUUGCCGCACAGUUCGGACACGUCCCCCGGUUCCCUGCAUAAUUACGACGACUGCCAGGCGAGAAGUUCUGACGCUGCUGACCAUUUAAGUAUCAACCACCUGCCUUCCUCCAUCCUUCUAAAGGUGCUCUCCCACUUGACGGUGAAGGAGCGCUGCCUGUGUGCCUCCCUGGUUUGUAAGUAUUGGAGGGACCUCUGCUUGGAUUUCCAGUUCUGGAAGCAAAUCGACCUCAGUGGCCUACAACAAGUGAACGAUGAUCUGCUGGUGAAAAUAGCUUCUCGGAGGCAGAAUGUGACAGAGAUUAACAUCUCAGAUUGCAGAGGGGUCCAUGACCAUGGGGUGUCCUCCCUGGCCUCUCACUGUCCCGGCCUGCAGAAGUACACAGCUUAUCGCUGCAAGCAGCUGGGUGACAUGUCCCUGUCAGCCCUGGCCACACACUGCCCUCUGCUGGUGAAGGUGCACGUGGGCAACCAGGACAAAUUAACCGAUGAUGCACUAAAAAAACUGGGAGAGCACUGCAGCGAGCUGAAGGACAUCCACUUGGGUCAGUGCUACAGUAUCACAGAUGAGGGCAUGGUGGCCUUGGCUCGAGGAUGUCAGAAACUGCAGAGACUCUACUUACAAGAGAACAAACAGGUCACUGAUCGGUCCGUGCAGGCUGUUGCAGAGCAUUGUCCUGAGCUGCAGUUUGUUGGCUUCAUGGGCUGCCCUGUGACCUCCCAGGGGGUCAUCCACCUCACAGCGCUGCGUAACCUGAGUGUCCUGGACCUGCGGCACAUCUCGGAGCUCAACAACGAGACGGUGAUGGAGGUGGUGAGGAAAUGUCGCAACCUCAGCUCCCUCAACCUCUGCCUCAACUGGAGCAUCAACGACAGGUGUGUGGAAAUCAUCGCCAAGGAGGGGAGGAGUCUGAAGGAGCUUUAUCUCGUGUCCUGUAAAAUCACAGACCACGCUCUGAUAGCCAUAGGCCAGUACAGCAGCACCAUAGAGACCGUGGAUGCCGGCUGGUGUAAGGAUAUUACAGACCAGGGAGCCACACAGAUCGCUCAGAGCAGCAAGUCCCUCCGCUACCUGGGCCUCAUGAGAUGUGACAAGGUGAACGAGGAGACUGUGGAGAGGCUAGUGGUCCAGUACCCUCACAUUGUGUUCAGCACGGUGAUGCAGGACUGCAAGAGAACCCUGGAAAGAGCGUAUCAAAUGGGCUGGAGCCCCAACACAUCGAACACUUCGUAGCUACUGUGCUGGAUCACACACACACACACAGACACACACACACACACACACACAGGUCCUUUCUGUGUACAGACACAAAAUGCAGCACAUCAAUGUUUGCUUCUCAUCCACUGUUGAAACAUGCAUGUGAACCUGUAGCUACACACACACACACACACACACACACACACACACACACACAGAGGUCUAGUCCGUCACCUGUUUCAUUUCAGGCAAAUCUGCCAUUUUAAAUAUCUCAAUCAUAUAUGGGCCUCCUCAUGUUUUAUAAUUGAGAUGUUAUACACCCACCUGUCAAUGCGUAUAGUUCUCGUCACCUUUAGGUCAGAUAACAACCUUGUGUACUUUCUUUGACUAGAGCCUAGUGCUUAUUGGUGCAGACCAGUGCACUAACGAGCUUUUUACUAUAAGUGAGAAUUCAUACAUGUCAAGUCCUCCAUGACACUUUAGACGGAGAGGAGGUGAAGAAGCAUGAGCGAUCACGUUUUGAACUUGUGAGGGAAAAAAAACGUCACUAAAGUAGUUGACCAGAAUUAUUCUGAAUGAAAGAAACGACUGGUUUGUUCCUCCAAGUGGAACCAGUGUUUCAGAACACAGUCCACUUCCUCCAGACUGAACUCUCCUGCUGCAUUGAGCUCACACAAGACCGAGCAGAGACUCUGAGAUCUCGUGGAAACAUCGGAACACUUCAGUCCAGAAGACAAACCGGGCCUCGGACCUCACUUUACAGAAUUUGGAGAAAUCUCUGAUGUUUAUUUGGUCCGUUUAGAAUUCUUCCUUUCUUUCUUGGAUGUUUAGUUCAGUGUUCGAAGCACCUGUGGACUCCCAUUCAUUGACAUUGUUGCCAAGGCUCCAUUUGAAGGACAGAGCUCUUUGCUGUGACUCAAUAUGCACAUUGUUGUGGUACAGGAGAAAAAAAAAAAAGAUAUUCAGGCCAGAAGCAGUGAAAACCCUGGUAAUUCACGGCAGGAAAAUGGCAUUGAUUAUAAUCUAAAAGUGCAUGUUUACAUUGAGAACCUCAACAUAUGUAUUUUUUCAGCUGGAGACGGAGGCUAUUUAUGAUGUGACGCUGAAAUGAACAUCCGUGUGACUUGGGAUCAGUGCUGCUUUCUUUGCCGUGCGUAGAUUUACUGUUACUGACCGAGUUUCACCUUGAGUCACACAGAGUGAAUGAAAGAGAUGUUGCCUUUACCCAAAGACCCUGGGUCAAAUUAUCAGAGUCACAACCACCUUGACCGACACGGAGGAGGAAAUGUUGCCUUAACUGGUUGGUAAUUGCCAUCAAAUUAGUAACCUGUAAUCAACCUGGAAUUUACAGGAGAAAUGUUUAUCUGCUCUGCGUUUAUCAGAUUCCCCUAAACCCCAUUAUUUGAUCCCAUAUAUACAUAUAUACAUAUAAAUAUAAGAACAUACUGUGUAGGAUAUAGUUAGCCUAAUAUUGGUUUUGAGCAUAUACUUGUAACAUUAGUUAUGUAGCAUUGCAGUUGAUGGUUUUAACUUUCUUAGUGGUGUAGGAUAAACAAGAUAAAACAACUGCCCUGGGCCUCGAACCAGAGCCAAUAGAAGUUGGUGGGGGAGAGUCGACCAUUUUUCAUCUAUUCUAUAGAAACUCCUUAGUGUACAGUUCAAAUGCAAAUAACCAGGGUAUUUUUCUAUGGUGUGAACCAGUUCUGGGCUCGGCCUCCACAGUCUGUUACUCAGAUAUGAACAAUAGGUUACUGAGCUUAGGGUUUGAGUAGAACUGUAAACUUUCUACAGCGUAUAGAGACUUCAGACAAUUAAAAAAAAAAACUUGUUCAUUUUACCCUUGUCAGGAUUUGUAGACUUUACCCGACGGAGAGUUUCUCCCUCGGCCUGUUUUUGUUCUGUUUCUGUUCUUUUGUAAUCCCCACAUGCACUUUUCUUCUCUGCAUAGAUGUUGACACACUCGAUUCCUGAUUUGUUAAGGCAACCGUAAAUGACUGGAUUUACAUAAAGAUGAAUAAAACACUACUACAAGCUUU